AUGGCGGCGCGGGAAGAGAGAGAUCUUAGGCUGAGUUGCCAGCGUCCCUCCAGCACAACGGUGCUUUGGAGGUGGUGCGGGGGACGUUAUCAGCCCGUUGGGUGGUGGCUUGACGUUCCUUGGCAGUACUUUUUUCUCCACGAACAUUUCAUCGGUAAGAAUCCAGUCAAGGCACGGAUAUCUCCACGAGAUUUCCCCUGCGCAAGCUGCUCUACUCCAGAGCUAGCUGCCCCGUACCGGAGCAGCGCCUGUACCGGAGGGUGUUCUGUACCUUGCAUAAGAGGAUGUUGCCCGACGUCAUUGGCAAAGCUCCAUGAUGCGGUUUUCGCACCGCCUCUUUACAACCACAACAACUCGAAGCCUUUGCAAAACACCUCGACUUCGGAGGUACUCUCUACUCUGAUCAAGCUUCGGGCACGAGGAAACCGAGUACGUACGUACGUAUAG